GUCUGCCUGUAAAAUUGCAAAAAGGGUAAAUAUCCCCCAGGACGACGGACACACAAACGUACCUGUACUGUACCUACACCAUCGAACGUCGAACUGCCGACCCCCAUCUGUGGUAUCUGAGCUCUCGCAUCAUACUUGAGCUUCACUCAUGGAUCCUACUACCACUCCUUCAUCUUCAUCCACCGCUACCACAAAAAUGUCCUCCUGGCUCCCCCUCCCCCUCGGCGAGACAAACCCACUGGAAACGGACGAGCACACUUCCCUAUUACCAAAGCCCACAAACCACGACAAUGAAUCAAGAAGCGUACUCUCAGAAUUCACCCUCCUGCUCAAAAACAGCAUCCCCGUAAUCAUCGCCUACACGUUACAGAAUUCCCUACAAACCAUUUCCGUGUUAAUAGUCGGCCGCCUCUCACCCGAGCACCUCGCCACUGCUGCAUUCUCUUACAUGUUUGCCAUGUCCACAGCCUGGCUGAUCGCUUUAGGGGGAACAACAGCGCUGGAUACACUCUGCUCCUCAUCCUACACCGGUAGUAAAAACCCCCACGAACUCGGCAUCUUAUUACAGCGUGCUUUCGUAGUGUUGGGAGUAUUCUAUAUUCCAGUUGCAAUCUUAUGGUACUUCUCAGAGGGCGUCUUUCUGCGACUUGGCCAGGAUCCCAGUCUCUCCGCCGAUUCCGCUACCUUCCUACGGUGCUUAAUACCCGGCGGCCUGGGCUAUAUAUAUUUCGAAGCCGGGAAGAAGUUCCUCCAGGCCCAGGGAAUUAUGCGCGCGGGGACUUAUAUCUUGCUAAUCACGAGCCCGUUGAAUGCACUGUUGAACUGGUUGUUUGUCUACCCUUUUGGUAUGGGGCUUAUCGGCGCACCGAUUGCGACUGGCAUUACAUACUGGGUGGGGUUUUUAGGGAUUAUGGGGUAUGCUCGGUUUUCUCGGGGGUGGACGGCUUGGGGCGGAUGGGAUAGAGCGUGCUUCAGGAAUAUGGGUGUGUUUGCGAGGUUGGCGGGGUUGGGGGUCGUUAUGGUUGGGACCGAAUGGUGGGCGUUUGAAAUUGUCGCCCUAGCAGCCGGGAGGUUAGGUACCGUGCCCCUCGCCUCCCAAUCAGUAAUUAUGACAACAGACCAAGUUCUCAACACAAUUCCCUUUGGCAUCGGCGUCGCAGCGUCCGCCCGUGUGGGAAAUCUCCUCGGAGCACGAGAUGCAAAAGGUGCUGCGAGAGCAGCCAAUACUGCUGCUGUCCUUAGCAUUGUUCUCGGAGCGGCAGUGAUGGCAGUAAUGCUCAUUGUGAAAGACUACUACGCAAAGAUCUUCAGCGACGACGUCCGCGUCAUCAAACUCACCGCACAAGUCCUACCGCUCGUCGCACUAUUUCAAAUUGCAGAUGGGCUAAAUGGCAGCUGCGGUGGAGCACUAAGAGGCAUGGGCCGUCAACAUAUUGGCGCAGCAGUGAACCUUGUCAGUUACUACUUUGGUGCCCUGCCGUUAGGUAUCUGGCUCGCUUUCCACGGCUGGGGGCUUAAGGGCCUUUGGGUCGGGCAGUGCAUAGCAUUGUACCUUGUCGGGGCAAUGGAAUGGGCCCUUGUGGGGUUUAGCAAUUGGGAUAGACAGGUCGUGAAGGCGUUUGAGAGGAUGGAAAGCGAUGAGCGGAUCGAACAGGGGGGGCUCUGAUGGUUAGCACUUUUGCUGGUAGAGAGGGUAAAUUUUUUUCCAUAGUUAGGGAGUGUAUCUCGAGUAUCAUAUGCUGGAUAGAUGGACGAUAGAAGAAAUGAUUAAACGAACAAA